AGUUUGUUGCACAACCGGAAGCGGCUAAAGCAGAGAGAAGGUCGGGUUGGCGCCGUGACUUUCAGUUUUCGUAGUUUAAACCUGAGCGUCUCAGUCCACGGCCCCGCACACGUGACGCCUGGGGGUCACUACGGACGUUGAAGUCCCCGCACCAGCGCCCCACACAGCGGAGCUCCUUGUCCCUGACUGUGUCCUGGGACAUAGGACAGGAGAGGGUGACCAUCUCAGCAUUUCAAGGUCCUUCUGCCUGUCAGUUGGGAGGAAGCAGAUGAAGGGCCUGUGCCCACGCCCUUGAAGGCACAUUCUCAAGCUGCAGAUGUGAUUCCUCCCCAGAACAUCACCUGAGGGAACAACCCAGAGCAGGAGGAGGACGAGGACGAAAUGGCUGCUUCUCGGGGACGGUUGACAUUCAGGGAUGUGGCCAUAGAUUUCUCUCAGGAGGAGUGGGAAUGUCUGUACACAGCUGAGCGGAAACUGUACACGGACGUGAUGCUGGAGAACUACAGGAACCUGUGCUCCCUGGGUCUUGCUGUCUCUAAGCCAUACCUGGUCAUCUUUUUGGAGAGAAUGAAGGAUACCUGGGAUGUGAAGCGAAAAAAGACAGUGUCCAUCCACCCAGGUAGGUGGGAAUGA